AUGGACUUCUUCAAAUCAGUGUUCUCUGAACCCACCCCCGACCCCUCUCCGCCGUCGACCCCCUCCACCCCCACGAAUCCCGAAAAUACCCCUCCUGCAGCUUCGUCAUGGGAAUUCGGAUCGACCCUUUUCAGGACCAUAGCAUCGAAAUCCGAAUCCCUAAUCGACAACUACUACAAAGAUCUCCAGGACUUCAGCACGGAAUUGAAAAAGGAGACCUCGGUUAUACGCCAGGCCGCGAGCCGAGCCGUUCAGGACCUCCCGGCUCGGCUCGAGUCUGGUGCCGCCAUUGCCCAGGAGUCGCUUGAAGCCGUGGGGCAGGCGAUCGAUAAUGUUGGGUCUACCGUCUCCGAAAUAAUCGGUAAAGAUUUGAACUUUGCCCCAAAUGAUGGUUAUUCGGAUAGUGAUGAUGAUGCAGGAGUUAGUCCCGAUCUUGGCGGGAUCGCCAAGCCGUAUAGUAGAUUAGAGGCGAUUAUUCGUGGGUUGCAAUCGAAUGUUACGACUUACUGUGAGGAAGUGGAGGAGGGUGACUAUAGCGAGUGGAAAUUAGGGUUUAGAGUUGAUGAAAGGAGAGAUGAAAUCGAACGAUUAGUCAAAGAAAAUGGUGUGAUUAAGGAGAUUUACGAUGAGGUUGUGCCGGAGAAAGUCGAUGAGGAGACAUUUUGGUGCAGGUACUUUUAUAGGGUUGAUAAGAUUGUUAAAGCAGAGGAGGCAAGAGCAAGGAUUGUGAAACGGGCGAUUUCUGGCGACGAAGAAGAAGAAUUGAGUUGGGAUGUUGACGAUGAUGAUGAUGAAGAUGGUGUUGAUAAUAGUGAAGGGAAUCUUGAUUUAAAGCCGAAAGAUGAUUUGAAGAAAGAUAAUUCACAAGUUGAAAUUGUGGAGGAUGAGGGUGUUGGUGUAUCGGGAACAAAUAGUGGUGUUCUUGUAGAUGAUGAUAAUUUAGGGGAGGGGUUAAUAUGCAACGAGAAAGAGGUUUCUUCCGAGGGUAAAAUUGGAAGUGAUAUUUCGAUUAUUUCGAGCCAAAGAUCGUCGCAUGCGGAGGAUGAUCUUGGGUGGGAUGAGAUUGAAGAUAUUGGGAGUGGCGACGAGAGCAAGAUAACCGAACGUGGGUCCCACAAGAACACUAGUAGUGAAAUCGAUUUGGCGAAGCGGCCGAGUGGUGCGGAGGAAGAUGAAGAUCUGUCGUGGGAUAUUGAGGAUGAUGAUGAAGAUGUGCCGGUUAAGUUGUGA